AGUUUAAUCAACUCAUUCAGGAAGGGAAGGCAGGAGGGAAUCCUGCAAGUCUUCCACUUGUUAGUGGAGCUAAACAGCUUCCAGUUAGUCAUCCAUAUGUUGUCUUUUGUCCUAAUCUGUCCACAGGUCCAUACCAACUCCAUGAGAGAAGAAUCUGUUAGCAGCCAAGUGUGUCCCUAACAAAGUGUCCCAGUGUCCUCAUGAAGCGGCGUUGUGUGUAUAACUAACUGUGUCGAGCAUUUAUUAUGCAGGAUCACUCUGAUGCCUCCUACUCCACACUGUAUGAGACGUAGUGAGACAAGCUGUCCAGUCACAACAGAAGAGACACCAGUCCUCACAUCAUGUGGCGGCGCUGCAUCUAAAAACGGGCUGAUUGAGACAUCCACGGACAUCUGAGGGAAAGAUGAAGAAAAGGUUCUGAAGAGAAGAAGGGAGCUUGUCUAGCAUCGGAAGACUCUGGAUAGCUCACUGGCUUACCAAGAAUCUACCGUGUAAAAACUAUACGGACGAGAAGAAACUUGGAGCCAUGGCAUCAACAGGUCUCCAGCUGAUGGGCUUGGUCCUGGCUCUGCUGGGUUGGGCGUGUGGCGUUCUGGUGUGUGCGGCUCCUCUGUGGCGCGUGUCUGCCUUCGUAGGUGGAGAGCUGGUGAUUGCCCAGAUGUUGUGGGAGGGACUGUGGAUGAACUGUCUGUCUCAAACCACAGGUCACAUCCAAUGUAAGGCCUACGACUCCACCUUGGCUCUGCCCACUUCGGCCCAAGCGGCUCGAAGCCUCGUCGUCAUGUCCCUUCUCCUCUGUGUCCUGGCCCUCAUUCUAGGGGUGCUGGGGGCCAAGUGCACUCACUGCAUGGGCGACAGUAACCAGGCCUCCAAGGCUCGGUUGUCACGGAUAGCAGGAGUGCUCUUCGUUGUGGCCGGCCUUGCCUACUUGAUGCCCAUCUGCUGGACUGCCUACGCCAUAAUCAGAGACUUCUACGAUCCGAGCAUCGCAGCGCCGUUGAAGAGGGAACUGGGGCCGGCGCUGUACCUGGGCUGGGGAGCCAGCGUGCUGCUGCUAGUGGGAGGAGCUCUGAUGCAUGUCGGCUCUUCUGCACCAGGAGGAAGGGCGCUGCCCGUUUUAAGACCAGCAUCAACAAAGGCCAGCUCAGUUCCAGAGGCAGCAGCAGAGGUCAAGAAGCAGGAAAAAUCUUUUGUAUGACACCAUUUUAUUGGAUUCACACGCUGUCAGAGAAACGCGGAAACUGUAGUUAUUGAAACAUUUUGUGGUUUUGUGCAAAAUUAGUGAUUUUUGGAGUUUGGUUUGGAUUUUCUCUUCAUGCUUACACGUUUUUUUUAAAUGGUACUAAAGCUUAAAUGUUCUUCUCUUGGAAAGUAGUGGAUGUAAAAUGAUUGUGACUAUAAAUGGACGUGCUACUAGCACUGACUUUACUUGUGACUCAGUAGGAGUUGAGAUGAACUGUAGGAGGAAUUCAGAUGAUUUGAUCUUCACUAAUGAAGUGAUUUACAUUUCUCACAUGCCUCUCUGCCUCUGCAUGUGUGUGUGAGUGCAUGUGGUGAUGUGUGUGUGUGCAUCAGUGUGUGUGUGGGCGGUCUGUGUACAGAAGUCCAGUGUGUAUUGUGAAACUGUGUGUGCGUAGGCGUUUGGACUACUGGCUGUUUACUUACUUUUUACACAUUUUUGUGAUGUUUGCCGUUAUUACAAUUAAAACAAUAUCUUAAUUUUACCGUUACACACGGUCUUAUGUUUGCAUCUCUGUAAGCGUAAUUACUGCAGCUCUGGUUUAACAAAUACAACAUUUUUAUGUUGUUUUCUUUGAUUUUUUUUAUCAAUAAAAUAAUUAAUUGGUUA